UAAGCCAUGUGUUUGUUAAGAAGAUGUGUUAAGGAAUUUGAUCUAAAUUUUUCGCAUAUAAACUGAUUUCGGCACAUGCCUGUUCAUUACGGUUUAUUCUUGUGCUGAAGAUGUCUAAUCCAGAGGCAAGUGCGAAGGUUUCGUCUUCUGACAUGGAGAGCCCUAAGACAUUGGAAACCUUUAUCGUGACACCAACUACGAAAGUAAUUCCACGAGGUGAAACGUCUACUAUAUCAACAGGCAAAUGCUCAAUGGAUCCUGAAGCCAGUGAAACACAGAUUCCUGCUUUCAGUCCGGAAGCCAGUGAAACACCGAUUCCUGCUUACAGUCCGGAAGAAAGUGAAGCAGGGAUUCCGGUUUUACAAGGGCAAUUCCAAGCACCUCCUGCAAUCACACAUGUUAUGGAACCUGUUGUGGAACGUAAAGAAUUUCGCCCAUCUCGAAUGGCUGAAUGUACAGAAACCCUUUAUCUAUUCUGCUAUGGGAAGAUAUUUUGGGUAGUAUAUUAUGCCAUCGUUACAAGUUCAAUGAUUACAUCGUUGGUUUUAGCUUUGCUUUUGGAUGCACCAGCUUCUUGGCCAGCAUAUGGAAUUCUUGCAGUGUCCAUUGUUGGAUUCUUUGCUCCUGUAAUCGUAACGUGGCUGGGAUGGAUUUCUACCUACCUACUUUUGUCCACCUCUCCGCUUACAUCUCCGUCAACUAGCGAGAAAGAACCUCAUGUGAGCCAAAAACGUAUGAACGCAGGGAAUCCCGCUUUUGACUCCCCUGUACCUCAAGUUUUAGGUGUAGUUCAGGAGUCAUCUACUGGAGAUACAACGGACUCUUCCUCUUCACCUCGGAUUGUAGUGUUGUCGGCUGACAUCCACGCAGAACAGGUUAAAGAGGUAUCUCGGCCCGCUACUGGAGAAGGAACCAGUGAGGUAGUUCCAUUCGGAACUUCUGGAGGGUCGACUGUUCAGUCUUAAUUUUAAUUAUUGUGCUGGUAUGGUAUUGCUGUGAAAUCAAUUUCUCCAGUGUUUGAAGAAUAUGGCUGAACUUUAGUAUUUUAACUGUCUUAAUUUUAGUAUUUAAUAAAAUCCAUUUUAGCAGCA